AGGAGGAAGAGGAGGAGAGAGAGAGAGAGAAAGGGGCGGGCAUUGGGAAGUGGCAUUGCAUGGCACCGAAGGAAGGCGCACGCUCGCAAGACGCAUGGCUUCCGCUAAGCCUUUGUCCCGGUUCUGGGAGUGGGGCAAGAACAUCAUCUGCGUGGGGCGGAAUUACGCCGAUCACGCCAAGGAGAUGAAGAACGCCCUCCCCUCCGAGCCGCUCUUCUUCCUCAAGCCCUCCUCAGCCUACGUCCGGGAAGGUUCCCCCAUCGUCCGGCCCUACUACUGCCACCAGCUGCACCAUGAGGUGGAACUGGGGGUGGUGAUGGGGAGGAGGGCCCAGGAGGUGUCCCCCGAGGCGGCCAUGGAGCACGUGGGGGGCUACGCCCUGUGCUUGGAUAUGACUGCCAGGGACACCCAGGCCGAGUGCAAGAAGAAGGGCCUCCCCUGGACCUUGGCCAAAGGCUUCCACACCUCCUGCCCGGUCAGCGACUUCCUCCCCAAAGAAAAGGUCCCCGAUCCGCACCGGUUGAAGCUCUGGCUGAAGGUCAACGGCGAGUUGCGUCAAGAAGGCGAGACGUCCAGCAUGAUCUUCUCCAUCCCGUAUAUCAUCAGCUACAUCAGUGGGAUCAUUCCUCUGGAAGAAGGGGACAUCAUACUGACGGGGUCGCCCAAAGGAGUUUCGGCUGUCGAGAAGAACGACGAGAUAGAGGCCGGGAUCGAAGGGCUGCUCAGCAUGAGGUUUCAAGUCGACCAGCAAAAAAGCCGGCCCUGAAAGAACGGUCCAUGUCCCAGAGAGUUUUGCUCAAUGAAGUAUAGGGCAGGCAUGGACAAACUUUGGCCCUCCAGAUGUUUUGGACUUCAACUCCCACCAUUCCUAAUAGCUAGUAAGCUGUGUUGUUGAAGGCUUUCAUGACUGGAUGCGAUAGGCUGUUAGGAAUUGUGGGAGUUGAAGUCCAAAACACCUGGACGGCCAAAGUUUGCCCAUGCCUGACAUAGGGGAACAUCAGCAUCAUCUUUUUCCUGAGAGAUGCAAGGAAAUGAAAGCUGAGCUGCUCCUCAAACCAGUCCAGUAGGAUCUUCCCAUUUAGGUCCACAAAAGGUACUGGUAGAUGAUUGUGUUUUUUCCAAACAGGAUGGCUUUCCCCCUUUUGUUGCAAAAGAAGGGAACCAAAACAGAGAAUCAAAGGGAGGGCAGUUGCGCUCUGUGUACUUCAGUUUGAGUCAAAACAAAACCAAAAUGUAACAAUGACUCCCCCCCCCCCCGAAAAGCACAGCCAAGUGCCUGCAAAAAUAACACAGAAUGUUCUAGUAAAUAUUUUUGAUAUGAAAUAAUUUGUAACAAAAUCUGUUGGAACUGAAUACUAAAAUGCUGAAUAAAUAUUUUUGCUUUAAUGGAACUAUUUUUUACAAGUUAAAAACAUCUUAAUGUUUUCCUCAAAUGUUAACACAUUUAGAUAAAUUUUACUUGUUUCAAGGAACAAAUCAACAAUACUGUACUUGGAGUUGUCUUGGAGAUACUGAACCGUUCCUUCAACAAUGUAAUGAAUUUAAAUGAUUUGUAAUAAAGCAACUUUGCAAGAAGGA